CACGUUUGCAGAGCUCGUUAGUGAUCGAUUCUUCCUGUAUCUCGUGAUCGAUUAUUGCGAACGGGAUCAUGUCAGAAGUGCUGCCUUACGACGAGAGCAUCUCUCAUUAUGGUGAUGAUGGAGAUGAAGAGCAGCUGUCCCUCACCUGUCGCCUGCAGAACAACAGCAGUAACUUCUUCAGUACUGCGCAGAACAAACGAGCUCCGAAACUCGGACAGAUCGGACGCAGUAAGAGAGUUGUCAUAGAAGACGACAGAAUUGAUGAAGUCCUGAACAACACGGCAGAGAAGUCAUCGGCGGGAGUGUAGCGCACAGGGACAUCGUUAAAGCGGAAGGAAUUCGUGGGUUAUGUGCAUUCUGCGUCGAAAGCACCUUGCAGUCCCUCUUAGUAUGGGUUGAAUUACACGGUGAGGCAGCAGGCGAGGAGAACGUCCUGCUGCGGGCAUCCAAACGGAGGAAGCGGCUUUCUCUCUUUAAGGGCAUGUUUCAUAUCCCUUCUUAUAAAGUGACAUCCUACACUGGACAAACAAGUCCUAUGUUGUUUAAUACAUGUGGAGUUGGUCUGUUGUGGUCCAGAUUCAGUUUAUAUUGUGAGAGGAAUGCAUUGAUAUCACAAGCACAAAUCUGACAACUUUCAUUCUUUAUUUGUCUGAGACUAAGCACUUGGUUUCUCCAUAUCUUUUUUGUGCACAAUGAAAGUGUUUUUCACUUUAAAUAUCCUAAUUAUUAUCUCUUGGAUACAUUUUUGUUCUUUUGCCGAGUUGACAGACUGAGCAAAUGUUUUUUAUAGGAUGAGAGAGGAAAGACUACUUUUUUUUUUUAAAUACAUUUUUUCAUGUUGCAUAUUGUGUAUUUUUGAUGUGGCUGCAAACUGCUUAGCCUGAGUUCAAAGGCUUAUUUUCAUAUCAAAGAGCUCCUUCUGAAAAAAAAAAAAUGCUUAUUUGAGUUGUAUUCGUAGCACUUUCAAACGUAGUUGUCAUAAAUGGAUUUUGAUCACUUCUGUGCCAAAUUUUUGCAGAAUAUGCCAGUCAACUUGUGUUUCUGUUCACCCGAGUAAUGUGAAGUUUUUCAAGCCUGCCUCUCAUAUAUGUUUCAGGGCUUUUUUAACUGCUGUUUUGCAUGAGACGAGCACAAACGCCUCCUUCUGUGGCAGUGAGCUACUAAUUUAUUUACAGUAAUGUUGCUCUGAAUGACAAGCCUCACACUCUUGAAUAUUGUGUAUGUUGCACUUCUCUGUACUGUUAAACAGGGCUAUAUUUGCAAUGAAAUAAAUGACCAUUAAAAUCUGAUUAUAUAACAGAACUCCACCACCCUCACUGUACGCUAUGUGAAAUUUCGUCCCUUUGUUGAAAAUGGCACUUCGGCCUUGAUUUCCUUGUUUUAUCGAUUGUAACGUGGCGUAUUUCUGAAACAAAUGUUUUCCAAUUAAACAGGCCUGUUCGGAUGUGACAGUCUGAGUUGUCGAGUCAGUAACGAGGAAUGCAUUUCAGCUGUUUAACCAGAAGCAUGUGCUUCAGUCUGCUUGUUUUGCUCUUAAAAGGUAUAUUCUACUUUCAAUACAAGUUAAUAAAUAAAUUGCUGGAUACAAAA